GCGGAUAAACCAAGUCUCGUCCCGCCUCCGCUCCUCCUCUCUCAGCUGAAACCAUUCUGGUGUCUGCGGCAGCCAUCUUUGUUGAUGUGUCAGCUUUCAGUUCCUCUUAGGAGCUUGCAGCAGGAACAAGGGGGUGGAGGGAAGGACGACCCCUCGUUACUAUUAGCAAUGGGAGGGCAGCUACGCUCGCCAAAGAUCUUCUCGUUUCCAGCUUCCUAGCAAACUGAUUCUUGGUGGAAAGAUGGAUGAGCAAUUACAAGAAGAGCAAAGUCCUCUGCAUCCAGUCAACCUUUCAAAGACUGAUGACGUAUCUUCCAGCUCAUCAGCUGUUGAAGAAACAGAGAAAACACUGGGAAUUCAGGAUAGUCUACAGAUUGCAGACACUGGAGGUGAAAAAAGCCCUUUGAGCAUAGAAAAUAAACAAUUGACAUUGGAUCCCAGUUCAACAGCUCUUGAUGCAAGUGGAAAUGAGGAUUUUGUUGAUGCACAGCUUACACCAGACAUUAAUGGAGAUGGAGGUGGAGAUUGUUGUGCUAAACCAUUCGAAAUGCAGACAAAAGAGGACUGUUUACCUAUGGGAGACUGUAAAGGACAAGUUUCUAAAACUGAUGACACAGAUCGAUCCCUGGUAUGCUUAUUGCAUGAUGAUAUGAAAGGGCCUCACGGGGUUUGCUCAGAAAGCCCUUAUGACACAGAUUGUACUAAGAACCUUAUCUCGACUAUACAGAAUGCUUCUUCUCAGGAAGCUUUGUUAGAAGAAAUAGAGUCUGAACUACUAUCGACGGAUUUGUUGAAAGACCAUAAACUUCCAAAUGGGGUGUGCAAGAGUGAAGCUACGUUGGCUGUACUUGAAAAAUGCGUGCAAGAUAAAUAUCUGCAGCAAGAACACACAAUAAAGAAAUUGAUUAAAGAAAACAAAAAGCACCAGGAACUAAUUUUGGGCAUUUGUUCAGAAAAGGACGACUUAAAAGACGAAUUGAAGAAAAGAACUGAAACUGAAAAACAGCACCUUGGCAUUAUUAAACAGUUAGAGGCCAGAAUAGAGGAUCUCCAAAAAGAAGUUAAAGCUGCUAAAGAUAAACUGCUAUCCCAAGACGCCGCUGCGAAAAAUGCCAUACAACAACUGCACAAAGAGAUGGCUUUUCGUACAGAUCAGGCAAACAAGAAAUGUGAAGAAGCCCGCCAAGAAAAAGAAGCCAUGGUAAUGAAAUACGUUAGAGGAGAGAAGGAGUCCCUAGACCUCCGAAAGGAAAAAGAAAUACUUGAAAGAAAAUUGAGAGAUGCAAAUAAAGAAAUUGAAAAGCAAACUAACAAAAUAAAGCAGCUUUCCCAGGAGAAAGGACGUUUGCACCAGCUCUUUGAAACCAAGGAAGCUGAAGCCACCAGAAUGUCAAGAGAAAUAGAAAAAUUAAAAGAAGAAAUGAACUCUCAUGUGAUCAAAGUAAAAUGGGCCCAAAACAAAUUGAAGGCUGAAAUGGAUUUACACAAGGACACCAAAGAUCGGCUUAAAGAGGCAACAGCAAAAGUCACUCAAGCGAAAGAGGAAUCUGAGCAAAUACGAAAGAACUGCCAAGAAAUCAUAAAAACAUAUCAAGAGUCUGAAGAAAUUAAAUCAAAUGAGUUGGAUGUAAAACUCCGACUUACAAAAGGAGAGCUGGAAAAACACUUGCAAGAGAAGUCUAACCAUCUAGAGGUACAUCAUGCCAAAAUAAAAGAACUUGAAGAUGUGAAGCGAACUUUUAAAGAGGGUAUGGAUGAGCUACGGACUCUAAGGACAAAGGUCAAGUGUCUAGAGGAUGAACGAUUGAGAACAGAAGAUGAAUUAUCAAAAUACAGAGAAAUUAUUAAUCGCCAGAAGGCUGAGAUUCAGAAUCUGCUGGACAAAGUGAAAACCAUAGAUCAGCUCCAGGAGCACCAUCAGAGAGAUGAACAAGAGAUUAACUCCUUGAAGGAAGAAGUGGGCAGUCUCAACUCUCUGCUUACUGACUUCCAGAAGGACAUUGAUGGCAGCCGGAAAAGAGAAUCGGAGCUGUUGGUCUUCACUGAAAAGCUGAGUACUAAGAACGCCCAACUGCAGUCGGAAACCAACUCCCUACAAAUGCAAGUAGAUAAGAUCACCUACAGCGAGAGAGAGUCUCAGAAUCAGCUGGAACUAGUGAAGCAAGCAAGAGACGAACUGGCAAGUAAAUUGCAGAAAGAAGAGGAACUUCACAGAAACAAUGUUCAAGCAUUGCAGGCCGAAUUAGCAUCUCAGCAGAAAGCAUUAGCAGACCUCAACACUAAAGCAGAUGAAUUAAAAGAUGAGUUGGUUACUCAGAAGCGAAAGCAUGCUGCAAAUCUGAAAGACCUCACCAAGCAACUUCAGCAAGCACGAAGAAAAUUAGAUCAGCAUGAAAAUGGCAACUACGAUAAAGAUGUCAGUAGUAUGGGAAGUCGUUCCAGCUCAUCAGGAUCGCUUAAUGCUCGAAGCAGUAAUGAAGAUCGCUCGCCAGAAAACAGUGGCUCUUCAGUAGCUGUGGAUCAUUUCCCUGAAGUGGACAAGACCAUCUUGAUUGAGAGAAUAGUAAGGUUACAGAAAGCCCAUGCUCGGAAAAAUGAGAAGAUGGAGUUCAUGGAGGAUCAUAUCAAACAGCUGGUUGAAGAAAUCAGGAAAAAAACCAAAAUAAUCCAGAGCUACAUUUUGAGGGAAGAAGCUGGCACAUUGUCAUCUGAGGCCUCUGAUUUCAAUAAAGUGCAUUUAAGCAGGCGUGGUGGGAUUAUGGCCUCUCUCUACACAUCUCACCCAGCAGACAGCGGGCUCACUUUGGAACUCUCUCUGGAGAUAAACAGGAAGCUCCAAGCAGUCCUGGAGGACACUUUAUUGAAGAAUAUUACCCUGAAGGAAAAUCUGCAAACACUAGGAACAGAAAUAGAACGGCUAAUUAAGCAGCAGCAUGAACUGGAACAGAGACUGAAGCAAACAUAGCUGAGAGCAAGACCAAGGAGGCAGAAAAGACAGGUGCUCCACACCCUGUUGGUAUAUAACCUGGAUAUCGGCCAUUGUCUUCUGCCAAUCACAUGAAGCUUUAAUAAAGCGCCCUGAAGUACGUUUAUGAGCGAGGUUUACAAGGCCUAAGUCCCAAUGCUUGCUUUGCCUGAAGUGAUGGAAAACUCUUGGUGAACUUUUCUGAACACUAUUUGCAUCCAUAUUGCUUUUCACUAAAACAAGAUAUCAACAUGCACCAUUUUAUGCACUUAUAUUUAGAGAGAG